ACGCGCCCCCCCCUUCCCGAAGACCUCGCGACGCCAAAAAAAGGGGGGAGACCGCCACCCACGCCAAGUCGCCACCCUCUCCACCUCCGAGCUUCUCGCGGCGGCCGCGCCCCAGCCCGAGACCCUCCCCUCUCUCUCUCGUCUCGAGCGAGCUAGGGUUUUGGUUCUCCGGGGCGCCCGCCCCCGCGCCUCGCCGGCGGGCACCGCGCCACACCCCCUCUCCUCCCCCCCACGGCGGCGGCGGCGGCGGCGGUGGAGGCGGCAAUGGAUCUGCAGAGCCUCGCCGUCGUGCUGCGCGCGGCGCUCAGCCACGUCCCCGAGGAGCGGAAGGCCGCCGAGGAGAGCCUCAACCAGUUUCAAUACGCACCACAACAUCUGGUUAGGUUGUUACAGAUUAUUGUCGAUGGGAGCUGUGAUAUGGCUGUACGACAGGUUGCAAGUAUUCAUUUCAAGAACUUUGUUGCAAAGAACUGGUCUCCAAAUGAUCCUGAGGAAUCUCAAAAGAUUUCAGAAAGUGACAAAUUGAUGGUCCGCGAGAAUAUACUGGGUUUUAUUGUUCAAGUACCCCCUUUACUAAGAGCACAGCUUGGUGAAAGUAUCAAAACUAUAAUACAUUCAGACUAUCCUGAGCAGUGGCCAGUUCUCCUUCAUUGGGUUACACACAAUCUGGAAUCAGAAAAUCAAAUUUUUGGAGCUUUAUAUGUGCUAAGGGUUCUUUCCAGGAAAUAUGAGUUCAAAUCUGAGGAGGAGAGGAUCCCUUUAUAUCACAUUGUUGAGGAGACCUUUCCUCGCUUGCUAAGUAUCUUUAGCAAACUUGUUCAGAUUGUCAACCCUCCAAUUGAAGUAGCUGACCUGAUCAAGCUAAUAUGCAAAAUAUUCUGGUCUUCAAUUUAUUUGGAGAUUCCGAAGCAGCUCUUUGACCCAAAUGUCUUCAAUGCAUGGAUGAGUUUGUUUAUAAACUUGUUGGAAAGACCAGUUCCAGUGGAAGGCCAACCAUUGGAUCCUGAUGUGAGGAAAUCUUGGGGCUGGUGGAAAGUUAAGAAAUGGACAAUUCAUAUAUUGAAUCGUCUAUACACCCGAUUUGGUGAUAUGAAACUACAGAAACCAGAGAGUAAAGCUUUUGCACAAAUGUUUCAAAAGAACUAUGCUGGAAGAAUUUUGGGCUGCCACUUGCAGAUUCUGAAUGCAGUUCGAACUGGUGACUAUUUGCCAGACAGGGUUAUCAAUCUUGUUCUUCAAUACCUAACCAACAGUGUUACAAAGAACAGUAUGUAUCAGUUGAUGCAGCCUCAAAUCGACAUCAUUCUGUUCGAGAUAAUUUUUCCGCUCAUGUGUUUCAAUGACAAUGAUCAAAAGUUAUGGGAUGAAGAUCCUCAUGAAUAUGUUCGGAAGGGAUAUGAUAUCAUUGAAGAUUUGUACAGUCCUCGAACAGCUGCUAUGGAUUUUGUGAGUGAAUUGGUAAGAAAACGAGGAAAAAGCAAUCUCCAAAAGUUUAUCCAUUUCAUUGUGGAUAUUUUUAGGAGAUAUGAUGAGGCAUCUAUUGAAAUCAAGCCAUAUCGCCAAAAAGAUGGAGCACUUCUUGCUAUUGGGACAUUAUGUGAUAAGCUGAAGCAAACAGAUCCAUAUAAAGCUGAGUUGGAGCGUAUGCUGGUCCAGCAUGUCUUCCCUGAGUUUAAUAGUCAUGUUGGACACCUGCGUGCCAAGGCUGCAUGGGUUGCUGGACAGUAUGCACAUAUCAGUUUUUCAGACCAGGACAAUUUUCGGAAAGCUAUGCAUUGUAUAGUUUCUGGAAUGCGUGAUCCAGAUCUCCCUGUUCGGGUUGAUUCAGUGUUUGCACUUCGUUCUUUUGUUGAAGCAUGCAAAGAUCUCAACGAGAUACGACCUAUACUCCCUCAACUCCUUGAUGAAUUUUUUAAACUGAUGAAUGAAGUUGAGAAUGAGGAUCUUGUUUUCACUCUUGAAACCAUCGUUGAUAAAUUUGGUGAAGAGAUGGCACCAUAUGCACUGGGGUUGUGCCAGAAUUUGGCUGCUGCCUUCUGGAGAUGCAUGGCUAGUCAAGAAGCUGAUGAUGAAGCUGAUGAUUCUGGUGCUUUGGCAGCUGUUGGUUGUUUACGAGCCAUAAGCACAAUCCUUGAGUCUGUUAGCAGUCUCCCACACCUUUUUAUUCAAAUUGAGCCAACUCUGUUGCCAAUAAUGCGCAGGAUGUUGACUUCUGAUGGUCAAGAUGUUUAUGAGGAAGUUCUAGAAAUUGUCUCAUAUAUGACUUUUUUCUCACCAUCAAUUUCGUUGGACAUGUGGAGCCUGUGGCCGUUGAUGAUGGAGGCUCUAAAUGAUUGGGCAAUAGACUUCUUUGAGAAUAUUCUUGUUCCAUUGGACAACUAUGUUUCCCGGGGAUCGGACCAUUUUCUUGCCUGCAAAAACCCAGAUUAUCAGCAAAGCUUGUGGAGUGCACUAUCAUCUAUUAUGAUGGAUCAAAACAUGGAAGAUUCAGAUAUUGAGCCUGCUCCCAAGCUCAUUGAGGUGGUUUUUCAAAACUGCAAAGGCAAUGUGGAUCAAUGGGUUGAGCCUUACCUCAGUCUUACAAUUGAUCGAUUGCGUCGAGCACACAAACCAUAUUUGAAAUGUCUCCUUGUUCAAGUGAUUGCUAAUGCGUUCUACUACAACCCUUCUUUGACACUUGCAACCCUACAUAAACUUGGGGCUGUGACUGAAAUUUUUAACAUUUGGUUUGGUAUGUUAGAACAAGUCAAAAAGAGUGGUGUACGAGCCAAUUUUAAGAGAGAGCAUGAUAAGAAAGUUUGUUGCUUGGGGUUGACCUCACUUAUUAGCCUUCCAGCAGAUCAUAUUCCAGGAGAAGCCCUGAAUCGUAUUUUCAAAGCAACACUUGAUCUGCUUGUUGCCUACAAAGAGCAAGUGGCAGAAUCUAAGAAACAAGAUGAUGCUGAUGGUGAUGAUAUGGAUGGUUUUGAUGCUGAUGAAGAUGAAGAUGAUGAUGAGGUUGAAUCUGAUAAGGAGAUGGGACUUGAUGAAGAAGAUGCUGAUGAAGUAAACAGUCUUCAUCUUCAGAAAUUAGCUGCUGAGGCCAGAGGCUUCCAGCCAGCUGAUGAGUAUGAUGACUCUGAUGACGAUUUCAGUGAUGAUGAGGAGCUGCAAUCACCAAUAGAUGAGGUUGACCCGUUCAUUUUGUUUGUUGAAACUGUCCAAGGCUUGCAAGCAUCUGAUCCUAUCAGGUUCCAGAGCCUCAUGCAAACUCUUGAUUUUCGUUAUCAGGCCCUUGCUAGUGGCAUAGCUCAACAUGCUGAGGAAAGAAGAGUUGAGAUUGAGAAAGAGAAGUUGGAGAAAGCAAAUGCACAAUGAUUAGUCAUAAAGUUCUUUGAUAUUAUUGCCAUUUCACCGGGUUGUGGAAGUGGUGGGCCAUCUUGUGAUUUGGCGCGACCACAGGCAAUCAAUUUUGGAGCCUUAGUCUGCCAUUUAGGCAGGAAAAUUUUAGGCUCGCAAAAUUUUAUACUUGCGAGAGUUGAAACCGGUGAUAGAGCCUUCUUGGAUAGUCUCUUCACCGGAAGUCAUUUUCCUAGUGGCCCAUCGGUCGGUGGCUUGGAUUGUGCAAGCGUGACACUGGGAAGUUUCUCCAAUUUGAGGGCACUAGCUUGUCAUGCUGUUUGGGCCACUAAUAUAUUUUUUUUGCUGGGGGCUUAGCAUUUGUUGGAGAGCCCCCCACUGGUGGCGGGGUGCAUCUCCGUAUCACAGUUUGUAGGGCAGUUUACAUUUAGACUGUAGAAUGUAUAUGGUUUUGUUCUUGUCUAGAUCUUACCGUGAGUUUCCAUUGGUGGGCUGGGAUAUACGGUUACGUUUUGUU